AUGCCCGCACCAACUGCCCUCCAAAGAGUUGCGCCCGAGGAAAUCGCUCAGAACCUGAAUGAGGCCUCCGCCGCAAGCAACAACGAAGACGAUGAGAUGCUCAUCAGCACCACCGACGCUCCCGCCGUUCAAGACGCCGCUCAAGCCACCGAAGACACAGCCAUGACCGUCGACUCGCAACCACUCUUCGCCGCCGAAAAGGCUACAAACGCCCACGUCCGCUCCGAAUCCCGCAAAGUCGCCGUACCGCCUCACCGCUGGACGCCUCUGAAGAACGCAUGGCCUAAAGUCUACCCUCCUCUGGUCGAGCACCUGAAACUGCAAUGCAGAGUCAACACCAAGAACAAGAAUGUCGAGCUGCGCACAAGCAGAUUCACCGAUGAUACUGGUGCUUUGCAGAAGGGUGCAGAUUUCAUCCAUGCUUUCUGCCUGGGCUUCGAUUUGGAUGAUGCAAUUGCUUUGUUGCGUUUGGAUGAUUUGUACAUUGAGACUUUCGAGAUCAAGGAUGUCAAGACGCUUCAAGGCGAGCACCUCGGCAGAGCUAUUGGCAGAAUUGCUGGAAAGGACGGAAAGACCAAGCACGCCAUUGAGAACGCAAGCAAAACCCGUGUCGUACUCGCAGACUCAAAAAUUCACAUUCUGGGUGGUUUCAAGAACAUUCACAUGGCUCGCACCGCCAUCGUUUCCCUGAUUCUCGGCAGCCCGCCAGCCAAGGUGUACGGCAACCUCAGAACCGUUGCGUCGAGAAUGAAGGAGCGCUUCUAG